UCUGGCUCAAAUGGUCUUAAACUAAAUCCAACUAAAUGUAAUACUGUUGAUUUCAGCUUGAGAAGUGAAAAAGACAUGCAUGGAUUGAUCCAAUCUCAUGAUUGUUGUAAUAUUGAUGGUGCCAUGAUAGAGAGUAAGUCAAGUGUUUCUUAUCUUGGCAUUAGUUUCUCUUCAAACCUUUGCUGGUCGUCUCAUAUUCUUAUAGUUUCUAAGAAAGUUUUCCGUCUGACUUAUUACAUAAAGAAGUUGAGGCACUCAGGUAUAACCCAAUCUCUUCUCAUACAAUUUAUUAAUUCAUGUGUUUUGCCCAUCAUUCUUUAUUGUUCUCCAUUAUUCUUCCCUGGGCUACUCAAGAAAGACCAUAUAAUACUACGAAGAACAUUGAAGGCUGUAAGUAGGGUCAGUGCUAUCCCUUUGACUCAACUAACUGACACUGUUGUCAAUAGGCAUAUGAAUUCUUGUAAACACUUAGCUAAAGUUAUCUUGUCUGAUAGUGAACAUCCUCUUUAUUCACAAUUGUUUCCUUGUAUCUCUUCGGGUAAGACCAGAAGAAAUUUCAUAAACAUUUAUGCUCGUACUACAAAAUAUAAAAAUUCGACCGUACCAUAUUUGGCACGAGUAUUGUGUGAAGAGACAAAUAUCAGAAAAGAACUUUUACAACUUUUAAAUCAUUAACUAAACUAUAAAAUGUAAUGAUGCAUAUUAAUGCAUGUGUUAUUUGUUAUAUUAUUUAUUUAUUAUUCACUAUGACCUAGCAAUGGUGUGAUUUUGUUGGGG